CACCGCGGGCUCGCGGGCCACACCUGGGGGCCGGCCCCCAGCAGCCCGCGGGCCGGGUGGGGUGGGUGUCCGCGGGGGAGUCCCCGGUCCCUGUCAGGCGGGGCGAGACCACGGCGCUCAGGUCGCGGGGGGGAGCGUGGGCACGCGCGGCCGGGGGGAGGCGGCCCAGCGCGCAGGGGUUCCCGCCGCCGCCCCGGGGGCUGGCUGACGGCUCGGGAGGGAAGAUGGCUGCGGGGCAGCCGCAGGCCGCCAGCCGGGCGCGGCGCAGCUGAGCCCCGCUCUCCGGAUCCCCCUCCCGCAGUGGGCGCGCCCGCCCCGGGGCUUCCUCGGGCCCCCGCCCGCCCCGGCGCGCGGGGCCGGGAGCCCAGCAGUUGGCGCGAGCGGCGGGCGAGGCGGAGCCGCGCGCGGGCCCCCUCCCCCUCCCCACAGGUCCCCCCCGGAGCGCCCCGCGCAGCCCGCGCCGCCUGCUCCCCGCCGCCAGCCCGGCCCGGGCGCCGCGGCCGACAAGGUCAGGAGACGAGAGGCGAUGCGCAAGUGCGGCCAGAGGGAGCCGAGCGGAGGCGGCCGCGGCGGGGGUCUGUCCCCCCCGACCGGGCAGUGGGACUGGGGCAGGCGCCGGUGAGGACAAGGACGAGGAGCAGCGGCGGCGGCGGCGGCGGCGGUGUUUCCUCCUACCGGACUUGCCCUCGGGGGCCUCUCCGUGCGCGCCCCGGAGCGCAGCCCCGCCGGGCAGGGGCGCCGUGGAGGAUGGGGCCGGGGGGCCCGGCCCGCCCUGGUAUCCCGCAGCCGGCGGCCCCGGGGCCGUGGAGGGCCCGGCCGGCGGGCGGCGGGGGCGCCUCCUGCCUGUGGGACGGGACCAGCUGGCUGCUGUGCUACGGCUUUCUCUACCUGGCCCUCUGCGCGCAGGUGUCCCAGUCCAAGCCGUGCGACAGGACCGGCUCCUGCUUCUCGGGCCGCUGUGUCAACGCCACCUGCCUCUGCGACCCGGGCUGGGUGGGGGACCAGUGCCAGCACUGCCAGGGCAGGUUCAAGUUAACAGAACCUUCUGGAUAUUUAACAGAUGGUCCAAUUAAUUACAAGUAUAAAACUAAAUGUACAUGGCUAAUUGAAGGCUAUCCAAAUGCAGUGUUAAGAUUAAGAUUCAAUCAUUUUGCUACAGAAUGUAGCUGGGAUCAUAUGUAUGUUUAUGAUGGAGAUUCAAUAUAUGCACCUUUAAUAGCUGUGCUUAGUGGCUUGAUAGUCCCUGAAAUAAGGGGAAAUGAAACUGUGCCUGAAGUUGUCACAACAUCUGGCUAUGCACUGUUACACUUUUUUAGUGAUGCUGCAUAUAAUUUAACUGGUUUCAACAUUUUUUAUUCAAUCAAUUCUUGUCCUAACAAUUGCUCUGGUCAUGGGAAGUGUACAACUAGUAUGUCUGUUCCAAACCAAGUAUAUUGUGAAUGUGAUAAAUACUGGAAGGGUGAAGCUUGUGACAUUCCUUACUGUAAAGCCAACUGUGGAAGUCCGGAUCAUGGUUACUGCGACCUCACCGGAGAAAAACUGUGUGUCUGCAAUGACAGCUGGCAAGGUCCUGAUUGUUCUUUGAAUGUUCCUUCUACUGAGUCUUACUGGAUUCUGCCAAAUGUUAAACCCUUCAGUCCAUCUGUAGGUCGGGCUUCCCAUAAGGCAGUUUUACAUGGGAAAUUUAUGUGGGUGAUUGGUGGAUAUACUUUUAACUACAGUUCUUUUCAAAUGGUCCUGAAUUACAAUUUAGAAAGCAGUAUAUGGAAUGUAGGAGCUCUAUCAAGGAGCCCUCUCCAGAGAUACGGACACUCUCUUGCUUUAUAUCAGUGCCAGACAGUUUUUCAAAGUGGCCGCACCAUUUUACAUUCCCAGCAACCAACAUCAAACACUUGGCUUGUUCCAGAAACUAAAGGAGCCAUUGUUCAAGGUGGAUAUGGCCAUACCAGUGUGUAUGAUGAAAUAACAAAAUCCAUUUAUGUUCAUGGAGGCUAUAAAGCAUUACCAGGCAAUAAAUACGGAUUGGUAGAUGAUCUUUAUAAGUAUGAAGUUAACACUAAGACUUGGACUAUUUUGAAAGAAAGUGGGUUUGCCAGAUACCUUCAUUCAGCUGUUCUAAUCAAUGGAGCUAUGCUUAUUUUUGGAGGAAAUACCCAUAAUGACACUUCCUUGAGUAACGGUGCAAAAUGUUUUUCUGCCGAUUUCCUGGCAUAUGACAUAGCUUGUGAUGAAUGGAAAAUAUUACCAAAACCAAAUCUUCAUAGAGAUGUCAACAGAUUUGGACACUCUGCAGUUGUCAUUAAUGGGUCUAUGUAUAUUUUUGGAGGAUUUUCUAGUGUACUCCUUAAUGAUAUCCUUGUCUACAAGCCUCCAAAUUGCAAGGCUUUCAGAGAUGAAGAACUUUGUAAAAAUGCUGGUCCAGGAAUAAAAUGUAUUUGGAAUAAAAAUCACUGUGAAUCUUGGGAAUCUGGGAAUAAUAAUAAUAUUCUUAGAGCAAAAUGCCCUCCUAAAACAGCUGCUUCUGAUGACAGAUGCUACAGAUAUGCAGAUUGUGCCAGCUGUACUGCCAACACAAAUGGGUGCCAGUGGUGUGAUGACAAGAAAUGCAUCUCAGCAAACAGUAACUGUAGUACGUCUGUGAAAAACUACACCAAAUGUCAUGUGAGAAAUGAACAGAUUUGUAACAAACUUACCAGCUGUAAAAGCUGUUCACUAAACUUGAAUUGCCAGUGGGACCAGCGACAACAAGAAUGCCAGGCUUUACCAGCUCAUCUUUGUGGAGAAGGAUGGAAUCAUAUCGGGGAUGCUUGUCUUAGAAUCAAUUCCAGUAGAGAAAGCUAUGACAAUGCAAAACUCUAUUGCUAUAAUCUUAGUGGAAAUCUUGCUUCAUUAACAACCUCAAAAGAAGUAGAAUUUGUUCUGGAUGAAAUACAGAAGUUUACGCAACAGAAAGUAUCACCUUGGGUAGGCUUGCGCAAGAUCAAUAUAUCCUACUGGGGAUGGGAAGACAUGUCACCUUUUACAAACACAACACUGCAGUGGCUUCCGGGUGAACCAAAUGAUUCUGGGUUCUGUGCAUAUCUAGAAAGGGCUGCAGUGGCAGGCUUAAAAGCCAAUCCUUGUACAUCUAUGGCAGAUGGCCUUGUCUGUGAAAAACCUGUUGUCAGCCCAAACCAGAACGCAAGGCCAUGCAAGAAGCCGUGCUCUCUGAGGACGUCGUGUGCCAACUGCACGAGCAACGGCAUGGAGUGCAUGUGGUGCAGCAGCACGCGGCGCUGCGUUGACUCUAAUGCGUACAUCAUCUCCUUUCCGUAUGGACAGUGUCUGGAGUGGCAAACUGCCGCCUGCUCUCCUCAUAAUUGUUCUGGAUUGAGAACCUGUGGACAAUGUUUGGAACAACCUGGAUGUGGCUGGUGUAAUGAUCCUAGUGAUACAGGAAGAGGACACUGCAUUGAAGGAUCUUCACGGGGACCAAUGAAGCUUGUUGGAAUGCACAGUAGUGAGAUGGCUCUUGAUACCAGUCUUUGUCCUAAAGAAAAGAACUAUGAAUGGUCCUUUAUCCAGUGCCCAGCUUGCCAGUGUAAUGGACACAGCACGUGCAUCAAUAGUAAUGUGUGUGAACAGUGUAAAAAUCUCACCACAGGAAAGCAGUGUCAAGACUGUAUGCCAGGUUAUUAUGGAGAUCCAACCAAUGGAGGGCAGUGUACAGCUUGUACAUGCAGUGGCCAUGCAAAUAUUUGUCAUAUGCACACAGGAAAAUGUUUCUGCACAACUAAAGGAAUAAAAGGUGACCAGUGCCAAUUAUGUGACUCUGAAAAUCGCUAUGUUGGUAAUCCACUUAGAGGAACAUGUUAUUACAGCCUUUUGAUUGACUAUCAGUUUACCUUCAGCUUAUUACAGGAAGAUGAUCGCCACCAUACUGCCAUAAAUUUCAUAGCAAACCCAGAACAGUCAAAUAAGAAUUUGGAUAUUUCAAUAAAUGCAUCAAACAACUUUAAUCUCAACAUUACAUGGUCAGUUGGUUCAACAGCUGGAACAAUAUCUGGGGAAGAGACUCCUAUUGUUUCUAAGACAAAUAUAAAGGAAUACAAAGAUAGUUUUUCCUAUGAAAAAUUUAACUUCAGAAGCAAUCCUAACAUUACAUUCUAUGUGUACACCAGCAACUUUUCUUGGCCUAUUAAAAUACAGAUUGCAUUCUCACAACACAAUACAAUCAUGGAUCUUGUGCAGUUUUUUGUCACCUUCUUCAGUUGCUUUUUAUCCUUAUUACUGGUAGCUGCUGUGGUAUGGAAGAUCAAACAAACAUGUUGGGCUUCUCGACGAAGAGAGCAACUGCUUCGAGAACGACAGCAGAUGGCCAGCCGCCCCUUUGCUUCUGUUGACGUAGCUCUGGAAGUUGGAGCCGAACAAACAGACUUUCUGCGAGGGCCCUUAGAGGGGGCGCCCAAACCGAUAGCCGUUGAACCAUGUGCUGGGAACAGAGCUGCUGUUCUGACUGUGUUUCUUUGUCUGCCACGAGGAUCAUUAGGUGCCCCUCCCCCUGGGCAGUCAGGCCUUGCAAUUGCCAGUGCCCUCAUAGAUAUUUCACAACAGAAGCCUUCAGAUAAUAAAGACAAGACUUCAGGUGUCCGAAAUCGGAAACACCACCUCUCAACGCGCCAAGGAACAUGUGUCUGAGAAACAGGAACUGCUCCUGGAUAUUCUGUAAUGUUUGACUUUGCAAACUGCCUUGCGCUAAGUCUGCCCGUGGCCUCGGUUUUUGUGGAGGCACAUUCCAGUAUGGUCCCAGGGUGCAUGGUACAGUUCCCUCCAGAUGCGCAAUGACCGAAGUGGCUGAAGAAUGUUUAUGAGUUUCGUAGAAGCAACAGUCUUGAUGGUCACAGGUGAUGAAGUUCGUUUUUACGACUCUCUUAGGCUUAUCGUAGAUAACAUUAAAUUUCUCUAGAAAAAGAUGCAUAUUGUUUCUUAAUGCAGAUGAAAAAUAUGAAAUUCGUAUAAACCAAACUGUUUAUAUUCCAAGACUUUAAAGAAAGACAUUUUAUAAUGCCUGAACGAUGAGCUAUGUACAGGUUUUGCCUCAUAAGCAAACUUAAACCACUUGUGUAUGCACAGGAAAUGAACAAAUUGCAAUGGCUUUAGAUGCUGUUUUAUCUCACUGUAAAUGUAAAAGCAAGACUGAUUUAGUAGGAUGUAGGCAAUGUAUUUAAAUAUUUCACAUGACCAUAUCAU